AUAUAAGUGUGUUUUCAUAUGAUUUUCAUACUAUUUUCUAUUUUGUUAUUCUAUAUUUUUUUAAUAAUAGUACACUUUAUCCGUUACUAUACAGUUCAUACCAUUUGGGAGUCCGCUCUUCACAGUACCGACAGUAUAAGACCUACAGAUCUAUGAUCUCAUUCAACCACUGAAAUGGAGGAAAACGGUGGGUCCGUGGAAGUAGUGAUCGUGAAGAUGGAACUGGGGGAGAAUGGUCUAGAGGAGACAAAUGUGCCGUCACCUGCAUAUAGUGAGUUUUCUAACACCAUCAAAAGGCACAAAACUUGCGCGGUGACUAGAAUUCUGACUGGACACUUUGAGGUUAAGUUAGAGUAUGAGGGGCAAGCUGUACAGCAAGAGCCCUCCUGCUCCGAGCAGUACACGAACCAUGAGGUCAAGGACGACCAUGAGGUCAAGGACAACCAUGAGGUCAAGGACGACCGUGAGGUCAAGGACAACCAUGAGGUCAAGGACGACCAUGAGGUCAAGGACAAUCUUAUGCUGAGCACGGAGAGUGCACGGCCCAAAGAUUCUAACCAACCAAUAGCCGUGAAACCGGAGCCAGGAUCGGAACCAGAGCCCUCUGCCGUCCUUGACGCGCAACAUAGCAAACAAACAAAACCAUUCUACAAUCGUUUUACUGUACAUAAACGGCUGCAUAAAGGCAAAAAAGUCUACUCUUGCAAUAUGUGCGAAAAACAAUUUGUACGCCCAAGUGAAUUGACUAUACAUGAACGUUCACACACUGAAGAGAAACCCUACUCGUGUGAUUUUUGCGAAAAGAAGUUUUUGCGUUCAAUGGAAUUGACAAACCAUAGGCGGAUACAUACCGGCGAACGGCCCUUCGAAUGUGAAGUAUGCAAUAAGAAAUUUGCGCAUGCAAGUAUUUUGCAUUUACAUAAACGCAUUCACACAGGUGAGAAAAAAUACUCAUGCGAUAUCUGCAAUAAGCACUUUGCGCGAUGGAAUGGCCUGGUUAUACAUAAAAAAUAUCAUACAGGUGACCGGUCACAUUCUUGUGAUCUCUGCGAAAUGAAAUUUGUAACGUCUACUGAUUUGAAGAAACAUAAACUGACGCAUAAUCGUGAAAAGCCAUAUUUGUGUAAAAUAUGUGAAGAACAGUUCGAUGACAAGAACGCUUUAGUGAAACACAGACAAAGCCAUAUAGGAGAAAAUACAUGUAAGGAAUUGCUGUGCGACAUUUGUAACAAGUUAUUUGCGAGUGCGGAUCACGUGGCCAGACAUAAAAAGCUACACAGUGGUGUGAAGCCGUACACUUGUGAAGUAUGCAAUAAACAAUUCGCGAAUUCUAGUUACUUGAUCAGACAUAAAAAAAUACACACCGGCGUGAAGCCACACACUUGUGAAAUAUGCGAAAAGCGCUUCACAAAUUCCAAUGGCCUGACUAGACAUAAAAAAACCCACACUGGCGUAAGACCAUUUACGUGCGAAGUAUGUAAGCAGCAGUUCAGUGAAUUAAGCAAUUUAAAUCUUCAUAGACGAAUACACACGGGCGAAAAACCGUAUUCAUGCGACGUAUGUGAAAAGAAAUUUGCCCGACCGGAUUAUUUAAAGACUCAUAAACGAUUACAUGUUGGCGAGGCUCCAUCAAAGACUGAUGCUCAGUCAGUCAAACGUAAAUGGUUUGACAGAAAACAAACAACUUAGUUAAGUUAGCCGUAUAACUUAAAAUUUAAAUGCCCAGGUUAUAAAUAAAUAUAAUUAUAUUAA